UUGUGUAGUCAGUGGACCCCAUCGAGAGGAAAUCGACACGUUUAAGAUGAAUCUAUUAAAGAUAAACUUUAUUAUGAACAUAUUUGCAGCAUUAACGCUCCUUUCAGUAACCAUGGCAAUAGAUACAGAUUUGGCAUUGCAGAUUUACACAAUAUUCAACCCCAUGCCGUUUGCCGUUGUGUUUGAGUUGGACACUGACGUGGCCAUAAACUCGAUGUCCAUUACGGUAACCAACAACGGACCAGACGACUUGCCAGCGGCGGGCGCCGGAAACGUUAACUAUGAAGUGAAAAUGUAUAUUGCCGCAGUGGAAAACGGUUAUAUGGUAGACCCGGUCGAAGUGACGGGGUUUAAUCUGAACGACGAUGUCGCAUUGCGCCGUGCAAACGGCAUCGCCUCCGAUGCUAAUCAGCUGUACCAAAUGCCAAACGUCGCCACGGCUGUCGUCAACUACCCAUCGGAGAAGUGUUCCACUCACAGUCACCUGUGUGUCGCCCUGGAACAUGGAUCGACAUACGUGGACAAUAAUGCCGAUAACGAUUAUUUCUGUCUGGAGUUCAUAGACGGGAUGUUCAGCGAAGUCGCUGGACCCACGGCAUGUGCGUCAGAUGUACUUAUUUCAGAAAUCAACAUUACAAAUCCAGCGUCACCAGUCUACACGUACGAUGAACCUACAACCAUCACAUUUGAUAUGCAGCUACAUAACGCCGGGGGCGCUGUGGUACCUGGCGGCAACGACAACCUGGGGCUGCAGGUGUUCAUAUCAAGCGACAAUUCCUCCUCAUCGGAGUUUCUACUAGACAUCACCUUUUCGCUGAAUAUAAAUCUAUCGGCAUCAAUCGAGCCAUGGGGCGAUACCAUUUAUAGAGGAUUGUCAGUCAACGUCAGCAUACCUGCUGAAAACUGUGAUGUGUAUACAUAUUUAUGCGUACUUUUCGUUCAAGGGUCAGAAACAGCAACCUUCGACGAUGAGACGGGGAACAACCUGAUGUGUCUAACUUUUGACGAGGUCAGUGAAAACGGGAUCGGAGUCAUAGAAUGUCCGGUGGAACCUCAGAAUGAACAAAGCCCAGAAAAGCCUUUUGAUCCUUGGAUCAUCGGCGGAAUAAUUACCGCGGGGAUCGUCUCAGCGUUUCUGAUAUUGGUUUGUUCGCUGUGUCUCGCGUCGGCGUUGUUGAAGAAAAAUAAAGUGCGAGACGAAAAAGAAGCGAAGGGUAAAGUUACAAUUGCCGAACUCGAGGACAUUUAG